AUGGCUUCCUCUCCACAAGGUCCUGUACUUUAUCCUUCUCAAAAAAGCUCUGAUGCCAAGAAGGAGUUUCAGAGUUUUCCCAGAACCUACAGGGUCCAUGAUUCCCAACAGAUGGUGUGGGUCCUGACUGGAAACUCUUUAAUAGCAGUUCCUGCCAGCAACAAUGUCAAGCCUGUCGUUCUUAGCGUGAUGGCAUGUAGAGACACAGAAUUCCAAGAUACAGAAAAGGGUAAUCUAGUUUUUCUGGGAAUCAAGAACAAAAAGCUGUGUCUCUUCUGCAUGGAAAUUGACAGCAAACCCACUUUGCAGCUUAAGGAUGUAGACAUCACUGAAGUAUACAAUGAGAGCAAAGCACAGAAAGCCUUUCUCUUCUACCAUGACACAGAGGGCUCCACGUCUGUUUUUCAGUCAGUCUCCUAUCCUGGCUGGUUCAUAGCCACCUCUUCCACCGCAAGACAGACAGUCACUCUUACUCAGCAGAGGGGUGAAUCUAAUAACACUAACUUCUACUUAGAGCCUGAGGAUUUGUUGGUAUAA